AAGCUUUUGCAGUUAGGAAAGCUGGUAGUACAAACCAAAAAUAACCAAAACCAUUUUUUUUUUUUAAUUUGGCGAAAAAAAAAUUGAAACUUUGGUGUAAAAUGGAUCGAUCGGAGCCGUUACCUUUACCAUUUACAGAUUCCGAUGAAGGAAUCAGUGAGGCGAUUGAGGCGGAGCUAGCUGAGUUAGCUGCUGGAGAUUCAAGCGGUGGUUACGGCGGCGGUGGAGGAAGGGUUAAGAGUAAAGUGAAAGGACCUUGGUCUACGGAGGAAGACGCUGUGCUCACUAAGCUUGUGAUUAAGUUAGGUGCUAGGAAUUGGAGUUUGAUCGCUCGUGGUAUCCCUGGUCGUUCUGGUAAAUCUUGUCGUUUGCGUUGGUGUAAUCAGCUUGACCCUUCUCUCAAGCGUAAACCUUUCUCUGAUGAGGAAGAUCGUAUGAUAAUAUCAGCUCACGCGAUUCACGGAAACAAAUGGGCGGUGAUUGCCAAAAUGUUAACCGGGAGAACAGAUAACGCCAUCAAGAACCACUGGAACUCAACCCUUAGACGUAAAUACGCUGAUCUUUGGAACAAUGGUCAAUGGAUAGCUAAUUCAGUUACCACUGCUUACGUCAAGAACGAGAACCUCGACGAAGUGUCUAAUCCAUCCUCAAAACAACAGUUGCCUCAAGAAGAUAUCAAUUCGCCACCAAAGCCUCCACAAGUGAGUGAUGUUAUAAUGGAAGAUGCAGCUAAUGAACCUCAUCAAGAACAAGCUGCUCCACCAGUAGAGAGUGACGUUCAAGCUCCACCAGUAGCGAGUGACGUUCAAGCUCCACCAGUAGAGAGUAACGUUAAAGCUCCACUAGUAGAGAGUAACGUUCCAAUAGAGAGUAGUAACGUGUUUCGCCCUGUGGCUCGAGUUGGUGCGUUCAGUGUCUAUAACCCAACCAGCCAAAGAAAUGGAUACAGGGACCAAAACAUAGUUCCAUGCGAAGGACUCUUGAUUCAAGCGGCUAAACCUGAUUCAUUGGCAGGUAAAUUUCUACAAUCUCUUUACGAUGAACCUCAUGUCCCUUCAAAAUGUGGUCGCGGUUGCUCUACUACAAAUCCAGCUGAAACUAAGUACUCACGUAACUCGGUGUUGGGACCGGAGUUUGUGGAUUACGAAGAGCCUUGUGCAGUUUUUAACCAAGAACUGAUAUCUAUAGCAACAGAUUUGAACAACAUUGCGUGGAUAAAGAGUGGUCUUGACAAUGCAGUUGUCAGAGAAGCAGAACAGAGUUUGAAGAUUGAUAAUUGCAACUAUAAUGACCCUCGAAUCAAGUUUACUGGAAUGGUGCCUAGACAAGAUUUCUUCUGUGCAAGAAGCUGAAACUCAAAAUGUAGGGCUUGAGAAUCAUCAUCCCUGCCCCAACUUUUUUUUUUGUCCCAAUUCUUUGCGCUUUAAUGCAUAUGUAGAUGAUGAUCUUCAUGAUGAUUCGAGGUUGUUUCUCACAUUUUGAUUCGGAUUCCGUUGAAAGGGGAGACUAAACAUAGUCAAAUCCUUGUCCUCUUAUAUAUAAGAAUAAGAAUCCCAAAUCAUUUUCUUUCAAACGCUGGUUGUCAGAUUAGAAAAACUGAAAAGUUAAAUUAGUGGCUUCGUUUAUAUGUU